AAAACAUACCUCCUCCCACAACCGUCCUCACUCUUAGUCAGUCCUCUCAAAAUUUAAGGUUAGGUGGAUAUUUUAUUUUCUUUGGUGCAGGUAAUUUUCAUGUUUGGAACUGUUAAUUAUCUUCAGAAUUCAUCUCAUAGUUACUAAUUGGAGUAUGUAUAUUUUGCAGAGCUUGACUUGUCCUAUAAGAGAGGGGAUAAAUCCCCAAACCCUCUUCUUCAAUGUCUCAUUGGGGGAGGAACUACAGUACAAAUAGAAAUCAAAACUUCUAUCAUAAUUCUUACCCCUAUUAUCAACAAUAUGAUGGAAAUCGGUCAUAUGAGAAUUGGGUGGACUAUAGUGUUCCACAAAAUAAUGAAGAGGUUAGCCACUCUUAUCCUCAACAAUCCCAGACAUUCAUGAAUGGUGCUGGUCCGUAUUCUAGAGAUACAGCCUCAUCUGGUAGUAACUACAACUCUUCUCGUGUGGAUGAGAACAUGUACAAUGUGGAAAUUGAUAGUGAUAUUUUAGCAAGGGCAGCAAACUCUCGACUCACUCCUACUGCUGGAGAAUUCAUACCAAGCUCUUCAUAUCAGUCGUCAAAUUUUGCUCAAUUCCAAGAAAGUUCUUAUCAUGAACAUUCCAACCGUACACAAUCAGCAUCAAAUAGUAGAGACUGCAGGAACAACGGAGCAACAUCUAAACCCUCUGGUACAGGAACAUCUGUACGAGAUGUUACUUAUAACCACAAGAGAAACUUCAAUAAAGUAAAGACCCGCAACAUGGACAACCAAAGACAAUUAAAUAUUGAACAAUCUAAAGAAGAGGGUAGGAAAAAGCUGCUUCAAGAGGCAGCUGGCCUAGCCUCCUCUAACAGUAAUGUCUCUGGUUCUUCUAGAGCUGCAGCUUCUACGUCCCAGGAAUCAUCAAGGUGGCGGCCAAGGGCUCCUCCAGACAAAUCCUCGUCUCGAAGUUCGGAUAGUAAAGUUUUCUCUCGUCCCACCAAAUCGCAAGAUCAUUACCACUCGAACCAGCGGUACUCGUCCCCUAAGAUCUCAAGCUCAGGUGUAUCUCCCCGUAGAGAACGAUCUCAGUCCAAAGGAGUGGAUGAUGCAGCAUCGCAGCGAGAUAGACUGACAGACCAGCUGAAUAGAGGCACACUGGAGUGUCUUGUGUGUUGUGAGCAUGUACGUCAGUCUGAUCAAACCUGGUGUUGUCUCAACUGCUAUCAUGUACUUCACUUACGUUGUAUCAUUAAAUGGGCCAAUACUUCAAGAGCUGAGAACGGAUGGCGAUGCCCUGCUUGCCAGAAUGUGACAGUGUCCAUCCCUAAGGACUACUAUUGCUUCUGUGGCAAGAUGAUGAAUCCAGAGUGGAGUCGUACAGACACAGCACAUUCGUGUGGCGAAGUAUGCAAUAGGUCUAAGGUGUUGGCUAGUGAAUACUACAGUUGUGUCCACCGCUGUACUUUGCUGUGUCACCCGGGCCCCUGCCCUCCCUGCGUCGCCCUUGUCACUAGGGAGUGUGGGUGUGGAUUGAGCACUCAGACAGUUCAGUGUGGUCAGCUACAACCCCUAAUAUGUAGUUCCACAUGUGGCAAGAGUCUGUCUUGUGGCGUACACAACUGCUCAAACAAGUGCCACCUGGGUCCGUGCCAGCCGUGCGAGGUGAUCAUCAAACAAGUUUGUUAUUGUGGGAAGGAGACCAAAGAGCUGGAUUGUGACGGGAAGAAUUGUGAGGGUGAAAAGUUUAGUUGUGGGUCACCCUGUGAAGCCAAGCUGUCAUGUGGACAGCAUGUGUGUGAGGAGAUCUGCCACGCAGAGCCGUGUGGCUCCUGCCCUCGAGACCCCAGCCAGGUCACUCACUGUCCCUGUGGCCAGACACUGCUCAGUCCCACCCAGCUCCGCAGCUCUUGCUUGGACCCUAUCCCCACCUGCGGUCAAAUCUGCUCUCGCCAACUCUCCUGUGGUCAACCCAGUAACCCUCACCAAUGCAAGGCGCUGUGCCAUGAGGGACCGUGCCCACCUUGUGACCAGUCCACUCUUGUACGCUGUCGCUGUGGCUACAUGGACCAGGAGAUUCCCUGUACUGAACUUACUACAAAGGCUGAUGAUGCUCGGUGUCAAAAAAAAUGUACCAAGAAACGUACAUGUGGAAAACACAAGUGUAACCAGAUGUGCUGUAUCGAUGUGGAUCACUUGUGUCCAUUGCCAUGUAACCACAUGCUGAGUUGUGGUCAACAUCGCUGUGACCAGCUGUGCCAUCGAGGACACUGCCAACCCUGCUUGAGAUCCAGUUUUGAGGAGUUGUUUUGUGAGUGUGGCAGCAGUGUUGUGCUCCCUCCAGUCCCAUGUGGCACCAAGCCGCCGCCCUGCAACGAGCCAUGUUCUCGUACACAUGAAUGUGAUCAUGAGGUACUGCACAUGUGCCACAGCUUUGCAGAAUGCCCUCCUUGUGGUGUUCUUACUUCUAAAUACUGUUAUGGUAAGCACGAGCUACGAAAAGCAGUGCCAUGUUUUAUGAAGGAGUUCUCGUGUGGACGUCCAUGUGGUCGUUCCUUGUCAUGUGGUCGACACUCCUGUAUCCAGUCGUGCCAUGGUGGAGCUUGUGUGACCACUUGCAAGCAGCCCUGCACUAAACCUCGAGAUUUUUGUGGCCAUCCUUGCAACGCGCCCUGUCAUGAAGGCGACUGUAUUGAUGCCCCAUGCAAAGAAAAUGUUGUGGUGACGUGUGAGUGUGGCCAUCGAAGUAUGUCUCGACCCUGCUAUGAAAACAACAGUGAGUACCAACGUAUCGCUACGUCAUUAUUGGCUUCCAAGAUGGCCGAUGUACAGCUUGGACGUUCAGUUAACUUAGAUGACAUGCAGGGUCCUCGCAAAUUCACCAUUAAAUCAUUAGAGUGUUCAGAAGAAUGCCGGGUUGUUGAAAGGAAUCGACGCCUGGCAAUUGGUCUUCAAAUUCGUAACCCAGACCUGAGUGCCAAGCUGACUCCUAGAUAUUCAGACUUAAUGCGAGGUUGGGCAAAGAAAGACCAGCGCUUUUGCCAAUAUGUGCAUGAAAAACUUACAGAGCUUGUUAAACUAGCCAAAGAGUCCAAGCAGAAGAGUAGAAGCUUUUCGUUUGAAGUUAUGAACAGAGAUAAGCGGCAGUUUGUUCAUGAGUAUUGUACCCACUUUGGUUGUGAAUCAGUGGCGUAUGAUGCUGAGCCAAAACGCAAUGUUGUAGCCACUGCACAGCGAGAUAAGGCUUGGCUUCCAAGUUAUAGUCUACUAGAAGUAGUUCAACGAGAGAUGGGAUUACGAAAGGUGCCUCUUCCCAUCCUAAACUCUUCCUGUCAGAAAUCAGCUUCUCAGAGUGAGGUGUUGCCAGUGAGAGUGACACUCAACCAGGCAUCCAAGGGCCUGGGGACUGGUGGAGACACGGAUACUCCUGCUGUUGACUACUUUGACUACAACAAUAGCUAAAACCUCUACUCACUGUCAUUUAUACGGGUUCAUCUCAUUGUUAAUAUUGCUAUUGUUUCAUAUUGAAAGUUAUCUGUUUUCUGUAAUCCAAAAGGACUCAG